AUUACAUAUUAAGUAUUAAAAAUUAUAUAAAAAAUGAUGAGCAUAUUAUAAUUCAUGUGUGUUAAGUUACUACCAAACUUAAUGCGACAAAAAGUGAAAAUUAUUAUAAUAUACACAAAAAUGAAAGUAAAAAACACCUUAGCAGUGACUCUUAAGUGAACGAAUGACAUAAGUUGUUAGUCUAAUUGGUAGUUCUCCAAAUCCGGUAGUUAUGCUUCCCUAUCCCAUAUCUAUACAACUAUAUAAUUGGUACGAUUGUUAAUAAUAAAAACUUCGCCUAAAUGAAGAAUGAAGAAACAAAAUGUUCGCACGAUAUCUCUGAUCGUGUGUACAUUUACUUAUUUGCUUGUUGGAGCUGCAGUUUUUGACGCACUCGAGUCGGAAACGGAAACCCGUCGUUUUGAAGCAUUACAAGCUGUCGAAAACAUGAUAAUACGCAAAUAUAACAUUUCACAAGAGGAUUUCAAAGUUAUGGAAACUGUUGUUCUUAAAUCAGAACCGCAUAAAGCUGGCCAACAAUGGAAAUUUACUGGUGCAUUCUAUUAUGCGACUACUGUGCUGACCACAAUCGGUUACGGACAUUCGACACCAAGCACUAUAGGUGGAAAGCUUUUUACCAUGUGCUAUGCAAUUGUUGGCAUACCAUUGGGCCUUGUUAUGUUUCAAAGUAUUGGAGAAAGAGUUAAUAGACUGAGCAGCUUUGUUAUACAAGCGGUGAGAAUAUCUCUGCGCUGUAAACGAACUGCAGCUUCUGAAGUAGAUUUAAUAUGCGUUGUUACAACGCUGAGCUCUUUAACGAUAGCGGGUGGUGCUGCGGCCUUUUCGAAAUUUGAAGGUUGGAGCUAUUUUGAUUCAGUAUAUUACUGUUUUAUUACUUUAACUACAAUAGGUUUUGGAGAUAUGGUGGCAUUGCAAAAGGAUAAUGCGCUCAAUAGUAAGCCUGAAUAUGUAAUGUUUGCGUUAAUCUUCAUACUAUUUGGCCUAGCAAUUGUUGCUGCCUCACUAAAUUUAUUAGUACUUAGGUUUGUUACGAUGAAUACAGAAGAUGAGCGUAGAGAUGAAGCUCAGGCUAUGCAGGCUCUGCAAGUGGCUGUUAAACUGGAAGGUGAUGUUAUAACAGCGAAUGGCUCUAUUUUAAGUGGAUAUGAGGGACACGACGCUCAAUCAUUUAAUGGAACAAAUACAUCAAUGUGUUCAUGUCAUUGUGCAUGUUUUAGUGCAAACCGACAUAAAAAGCAUCAAUACAAAGUACGUAGAUCACCAACACACAUCCGGCAUUUAUUACCAGAACUUGUGCCAAUGCAAGAUUUAGGCUAUGACACCAAUAGUCUUCAUACCGGGGACGUGGAUGUAUUGGAUACUGCUUCCGUUUCGCCUUCCAAACCACAUAAGCAAUUGCUUAAGCGAAAUGUAUCGUUAUUGUCAUUUCGUAUAUAGACAAAUAUUUUUAGAUUUUAUAUAAAA